AUGAGAGGAGAGCUGGCAGUCUUCAUUCCUAGACGAUGUGGUGGUGGAGCCCCGGAGGCCACGGAGCCAGCCGAGGCGGACAUCAUGGGGCUGUGCCAGGACAUGUGCUCCAAAAUGGCCACGUACCUAACAGGUGAGCUAACAGCCACCAGUGAAGACUAUAAACUUUUGGAAAAUAUGAACAAACUGACUGGCUUGAAGUAUCUAGAAAUGAUAAAUAUUGCAGUAAACCUAAGUAGAAACCUGAAGGACUUAAACCUUAAAUCUGCAGCACUUCAGCCUUAUCUGGAUCGGAUCACUUUAAUUGAGGAGCAAGUAGCAGCUUUUGAGCCGGCAGUCUGCAAGUUGGAUGUAUAUUCAAAGAAACUAGAAGCAAAGUACAAGAAGUUAGAGAGGAGAUGA